AUGUCAGCUUUUAAAGAACCUCAUUUAGUCAACACGAGUAGCGGAAAGGCUUUCAUGCUAAUGAAAAAUACACAAAAUGAUGAAAAGACGAUAAGAAAUAUAAAAAGCUUUCAACAUUAUCAUUUCAUGUUUUUCUUCCAAAAAAAAGAUGUAAUAAAAGCUUCCAAGAUGUUCAACCCACAAAAAGCUAAAAUGAAAUCGUCAACAAAUCAGAGAAACAACCAAAUUGAAAGUCAAGAUAAUUUGCCAUCAACUGUGUUUUAUGGUCAGAAAUAA